AUGACAUUGAACAAUAAACCGUAUGUCUACUUAUGUCUUGUAUCGUCGAGCGGAUGUCCUCGGGGUGGGUUUGCACUGUCUCAGUCGCUGGUUGAGCGGCUCGGUCGAGAUCAUGAGCAACUUCCCGUACUACCGCCGUUACAUCAUCCCAUCAGAGAUAAUUCAGUAUGCGCGCGCAGCACAUACUCCCCACUGCAGGCACUCAGUGAAAGUACAUGUCGAGAUCCAGGAGUGUCCGCACCGCCACCGCAGCCGCCGCCUAGAGUACAGGCGUCGAACCAAAAUGUGACUCUCCAUCCAGCGGUGGCACGAUGCACUGCGACGUUGGAACUGGCGGCCCUGUGGCGCAGCUUUCACGAGUUGGGCACUGAGAUGAUCGUGACGAAGGCAGGGCGGCGCAUGUUCCCCGCGCUGCAGGCCCGGCUGGCGGGCCUACUGCCCAACGCAGACUACUUGCUGCUGGUCGACUUCGUACCUCUUGACGACAAGAGAUAUCGAUAUGCUUUCCACAGUUCAAGUUGGGUGGUGGCGGGUAAAGCGGACCCGGUGUCGCCGCCGCGCAUCCACGUGCAUCCGGAUUCACCCGCGCCCGGAUCUAACUGGAUGCGGCAGCUCGUCUCCUUCGAUAAACUCAAGCUGACCAACAACCAGCUUGAUGAUAACGGACACAUGUUUUAUAUGAAGCAACUAAGUCCCCCCGAACAGAGUCAGCAGCGUGGCGGCGCGCGGCGGCGCGAGUCCUCGGCAGCCGAGGCGUGCCCGCAGCUCGCGCAGCCGUACGCCGCCGAGCCCAGCGCAUGCGGCCCGCUCUACCCGCCACACGCACACCCAGUGCGCUACCAGCCCCACUCAGGCCACAACAGCGCUUACAGUGCUUACUACGCUCACAGAUAGCUGGCUGUGUAACGACGAGCGAUAGUGGUAGUGAUUGUAAAGACACCGGCUGCCGCUGACCACAAUGCGAUGCGACAGAUAUGAGCGACCGUGUCGCUGAAAUGCGCACCAUCUGUCAAUUUUACCGCCAUUUUGGGGGAUGAAAUAAAAAAGUGAUUUAUUGUGGCUCUAUGGGUGUUUACUUUUUAAAUUAAUGAAACCUCUUUUGAGAUUAUUGUAAAAGGUAUAAUUACAUUGAUUUUUGUUUAUAGAGCCGCAAUAUUUUGUGUAGUGCGCUGAUCGUUUGUGAUAACAUUUGAAUUACGAAAGCAAGCAUACCUAUUCAUAUGACAAACAUAAUAACAACUCGUCUUGAAAGUCCGUAAUGUUAAAAAUUCAAUGUAUGUCUAGGUACCUAUUAGUCAAAUUCAAAAUGUUACCACAGACGUCCUGUAGGUGCGUAGCAGGAUUGUGAUUUGGGACUAGGGAUCCGUAGGAAAUGUUCGGAAUUAAAAAAAAUUUUUGGUGAAAAAGUAUUGUGUAAAAUAUUCUUUUAGUGAGUACUUUUGCGAUGGAAGGUAUUUUUUGUGAAAAAGAUGUAUGUUUAAAUUAUAAAUUAGUUUUGGCGUUAUAAAUUAAUUAGUAGCGGUUAUUUGCCAGAUGGUGCAUAGGUUAUGUUAAAAAGUUGGUUUGAAAAACGAAAUAAAAAUAUAUUUUAUGUUACGCACACAUAAUUAAAUGUUGUAAUUUGGUUUAAUGAAAGCGUUUUAUCAGUGAAAUGUAUAAAUAACCAAAGGAAAGGGUUUACACCUACGACUGCAGGAUUAAAGCCAAAUAUUUGUAUAAGGUAUCUACGUACUAACAAAUUGUUUAAUCUCAAAUAUUACAUUUAUUGGUAAAGCACUGUUCCCCUGCAAUAGAUGUGCCUUAAAUAUUUAAACGUACCUUAUUGAAAUUUAUUUUGUUACCACGUGUAAUGUAUUUAUUAUUAUAGUAUAAUAUAAUUUUGAUAUUUACCAAAACAUUAGCGCAUUCGACUUCAUUUUAUUAGAAAAUGAAGUAAAGGAAUGCAACAGUCUAAAUGUGCCAAAUAUAAACCAAAGGAACAUAGCUAAAGAUAAGAUAGAUUAAGAUUUAGUAAAUAUGUUUGGAUAUUUAUUUAAAUCUAUUAAAGUUGACGUAAGUCGAAAA